AUGUACAUUGUAUUAAAUAUUUGCGUUGAAUUUAUUGCGUGUAUUGAUGUGAAAACAACAUCGGGUGUAGUGAGGGGUCAGACAAUAAAUGUGUUUAACAUAAGUGUUAACGAGUUUUUGGGUAUACCUUAUGCCGAACCACCCGUCGGGAAACUCCGGUUCGCCAAACCUGAACCCAUCAAAACACCAAAACCGGACAUUAUCGAUGCAACAAAACCGAAAAAUGCUUGCAUUCAAAGCCCGUCGCCAUUCUUCCCAAAUCUGACCACAAGUGAAGACUGUUUGGUAUUAAACAUAUGGACACCAAAUGCGGGCAAUAAUAACACAAACAAAUCACAGCUCAAACCUAUUAUGUUUCACAUUCACGGCGGAGCGUUGACAAUGGGCUCAAUAUUUGCACCACCGAUAACUAAUGUGUUGGCCGUACAUGAUGUGGUGUAUGUCUCAACACAGUAUAGAUUAGGACAGUUGGGCUUUCUAUACGGGGAUCGGGAGGACGCGCCCGGAAAUGUGGGCUUUUAUGACCAGUUAUUGGCUCUCAAAUGGUUUAUAGAAAAUGCUGAACAUUUUGGUGGAGACAAGAAUCAAAUCACAAUAUUGGGUGAGAGCGCCGGGAGUUGGUCGGUGUCCGCACACAUACUCUCCCCGCUAUCCAAAGGCCUAUUCAAGAGGGCUAUUAUGGAAAGCGGGGCCUUUAUGUUCAAUAAGGCCAGGGAUGUGGUCAACAUGAGCGCCGGGAGUUGGUCGGUGUCCGCACACAUACUCUCCCCGCUAUCCAAAGGCCUAUUCAAGAGGGCUAUUAUGGAAAGCGGGGCCUUUAUGUUCAAUAAGGCCAGGGAUGUGGUCAACAAAACAGAGGCAAUACUUUUAGGCAAACGGAUAGCAAAAGAUCACAAAUGCAGCGAAAGUGAGGAUUGGUUGCAAUGUUUGCGAGGAUUGGAUGCAAAAGAGUUUAACAAAUACUCAAAUCCCGUAACAUAUCCUGUAUUUGAAACUGAAUUCCUACCCAUUUCUGCGCAAAAGGCAUUUGUGAGCAAAAAAUAUAAUUCAGAUGUCGAUAUAAUGGCAGGCAUUGCCAGCACUGAGGGCUCAAUGUUAUCGUAUUUAGUAACUUUAGAUGACUUUAUUGACUACACUAAACAAACAGACGCUCUUUACCACGGAUUUGAUAUGAAACGUGUGGACGACUAUUAUCUACAAAAUGUCAACAAAAACAGUUCACUUGAGCUCAAGAAAGCAUUUUAUCAAUUGUUUGGGGACUUAAUAAUGAAAUGUCCGACAUAUCUGUUUGCUAAACAAAUGGCCACAAUCGUACCUGGUCAUAAUGUAUAUUUCUACCAGGUCACAUAUCAAAACAAGUAUACUGCUCAUACAUUGGGCUGUGAUAAGGAAGCAAACCAACCGUAAGCGAAGAGUGGCCACAAUUAUUGAGUGGAAAUACAAUUAAUGUGAAAAACCUGAACCC